AUGUCUCGCAACGACGAUACUGCCUCUGAAAGCGAAUGGCAAGACUGCUGCUCAGAUAUUGAAGAGGAUACAGACGACAACCUACCCGGAUGGAACGAGCUACCAGAAUGGCUGCGGGCUGGAAUACGCUGUGUGCUCUGCGGGGAGACGGCGAUGAGCAUGAUCGGUGUGCCGAUAGCGGCCCAUCAUUCUGCCUGGGCCAUACCAUACGCCGACCUUGCCCGGGCUUCAAAGGUGCUUCGUGAGGACGGUUUGCCCGGAUGUCCGGCGGACGGACAGCGAGAAUGGGAGACGAGGCAGUGUGCUUUACUGGAAGAACCGAGGGAGGGAAAACUCACCUCAAACAAGUACCCCUCCCCGGCGUAUCACUUUCAUACCGAUCAUCUCUACCCCCGUCAUCGGAAGGAUCCCAACCAAAGCCGCGGGGUUCUUCUGUACCCAAAGAAACUGCUCAUUUCCAACCACUACCUGGAUCCCCCACCCGGGCCCGCUUCCUACCCCCACGAUCUGGGUCGUUGGUAUGCCGAGGAGGGGCGGCGUAAUAGGAACCGAGGCGCCAGAAUGUACCUAACCACCGACGACUCCGACCUCCCGGAAAUGAGGCUCGGCAGCUUGAACUAUCGGGGUCGACAGUCUCCUAACCAAUACCCUGUCUACAUGCUUGCACCUCACCAUCAAGUUGAAAACCUAGCACGGUUGGUUAUCCGCGAUCGGUUCUCGGUAGUACGCGAUUGGUGGCUCCAGCAGCUCCUCUUGUGCAUGAGAUCUCUGCUUGUUGAUGACGAGGAAGAGGAGAGGGUAGACUCGGGGCUUGCUUUGCCUUUGUGUCCUUAG